AUGGCUCCUAGAGGAAUGGUGAUUUCGUCAAGGUCGGGGAGUCGCUACCUCCAAGUUCAGCGCCUUUGUGCCGGCUUCCAAAGUAGCGCAAAGACGUCCAUUAGUUGUAAUCAGCGUUCGCAAAACACUCAUCACUUAAAGGGCUCUGUCCGAUCGACCAACCCACAACCCUCAACGUGUCGAAAAGAUCCAGAGUCCAAAGUUUCCGUUAAAGACUCCGCAUUCUCGAUUAGUUACUGGAAUUCUCGUGCCCUAUGGAAACGAGCUGGAAUCAAUACCCUGCGAUGUCUCAUCGGCUGCACGUUGGGGGACUUCUCAGCAAUGUGGUUCCUUCAAAGUCAACAUCCCGAGUUAGGCAUCUACACGAUCAUGGGUAUUUCCAUGGCAUCAGGAUUAGCUUCUUCGUUGUCUAUCGAGACGAUAUUGCUCCGGUAUGGACUAGAUCGUUUAGGCUGGCGGGCGGCAGCUACUACAGCUGCGGGUAUGAGCAUGGUCUCAAUGCUGUCCAUGGAGGCGGUUCAGAAUGUCGUUGACUACCAUCUAAUGGGUGGGGUUGUGGAUCUCCAGAAUCCUGGGUUUUGGGCUGCAGCCGCGAUCUCUGCUGGCGCAGGCUUUCUCACACCUCUCCCAUAUAACUACAUGCGGCUUCGUAAGUACGGUAAAGCAUGCCAUUAG